ACUCGCCACGAGAAUCCUCCCUCCUCCAACUUGCACUUUCCUCUCUUUAUUAUUCCUGUCCCCAGAAAAAAAUAGAAAAAAACACCAAAAGAGAGACAGAAACAGAAGCAAAAACCUCAGAACAGAAUCAAUCUCCGAUGGGGAAGAAGAAGUGUGAUUUAUGCGAGGGUGUUGCACGAAUGUAUUGCGAGUCAGAUCAGGCGAGUCUCUGCUGGGACUGCGACGGCAAAGUACACGGCGCUAACUUCCUCGUCGCUAAGCACACGCGCUGUCUCCUCUGCACCUCUUGCCAGUCCCUUACGCCCUGGAAAGCCACGGGCCUCCGUCUCGGCCCCACCUUCUCCGUCUGCGAGUCGUGCGUCGCUUUUAAAUCCGCCGCCGCCGGUGGAGACGGUGUCGGCAGUGGUUCCGAGGAUCAUCGGCUCGUGCUCGGAGAUGAUGACGACGGCUAUAGCGCGGAGUCUUACGAUGAUGAUGAGGACGAGGAUGAAGAGUACAGCGAUGAAGAUGAAGACGUUGAGGAGGAGGAAGCGGAGAAUCAAGUGGUGCCGUGGUCUGCGGAAGCGGCGGCGCAACUGCCUCCUACGAUGAGUUCAUCGUCCUCUGACGGCGGAGAUCUGGCGGGGAAAAGGAGGAGGGACUGCUCUGAUGACGAGAUCGGAAGCUCUUCAGCUCAAGAAUCAAACUAUUCUCCACCGUUAAAGCGGCCGUCGAGAGAAGAACCCGCGUUCGAAUCAACGGCUGCCAUUAACUCUCUUAAUCAGAUUAGAAGGAGAGAGCACCACAUUGAAUAAUGGCGCCGUUUGUUCAUCUCCCCAUCUCCAGAACGAGGAGAGAUCUUUAGCCGUUGAUUCUCCAUUCCGCUCUGGUAAAAUCAUCACCGUCCAUUUCUGAAAUUCUAACGAUACUGUACUUGUUUGAGGUUAGUUAAUUGUUGUCGUGCAACAUUGUACUUGAUCUAUUAGUAUCAUUAUUAUGUUGUUGUCUUUUUAAAAAAAAAUCUUAGUGACUUAUUUGGAUUCGUAUGAUCGUAUGUAUUGAAAUUCUUAUUACAUUCGAAACUUCACA